AUGAGGACCCGCGCUUGCACAGGUCAGACGAGUCGACCGCAACAUCGAUGCCGGCGCUGUGAUGGCCAUGGCAUUGUGGAACGCAACUUUGGCCUCGCAGCCGACACUUGCCCUGCCUGCGACGGCACCCGCUGGGUCACAGAACGGUACGGUUACACACAGCACGGCCAUCGCUACCGCACCCACGACUGCCCGCUCAGCGCUCAACCCCCCAUGUGCAUGCACUGCGCUUACCAACUCCUUGCAGCCAGCGUGAAUGCCGACUCUGCAAGGGUUCAGGCCAGACACCCUCACUUCUUGGGCUUGGCAGUACCUCGUGUGUGGCCUGCCAUGGCGCUGCCUACACGCGCCAUCGUCAGCACCCUUGCAAGCACUGCCAAGGCAAAGGCGCUGUUGCUGGCUGGAUCUUUAGCAGCUCGUGCCCAGCCUGCCACGGAACCCAGCUCGUGA